AUGAAAACUGAAGUAUGUAUUGUUUACAUCAAUGAUAUUCCUGUCCAAAUUAUGUAUGAUGUUGGCGAGGCCCUUAUUUACAUGAAAUCAGAAUGUAACAGAAAUAUGUCAUUAAUUGCAUCUGUUGCAGAGUCUUUAAAAAUUGAUGUUGAGUCGCAGUUUUACCACAUUAACAUGAAAAUGAAAGUGUUGGUUCAUAAUAAGCAAGGUUUGUUUAUAUCUCAACGCGAUUAUGCAUUUGAUCCUUUAUCCAAGUCAAUCAAACAAAAUAUCGAAGUGUCUGAUAUUUCUAAAAACAUUAAAUUGCCAAAUUAUAACUACGAUCGUUAUGUUAAUAAUCAGUCCGUUGAUGGCACAACAAAAAAUAACACAUUAACAAAUUACACAUUAACAAAUAAUAAUAUACCGACAAAAAGUAAUGUACAAACAGAAAGAACUAUCAUUGACACUACUGAAAAUAGCUCAGACAGUAAUAAAUCUGACAAUGAAAAAUCUGAUUCAGACUCCGAUUCAAACUCUAAUUCAGACUCUGAUUCGGACUCAAUGAAAUUGGAUACAGACUCAGAUACAGACUCAAAUACAGACUCAGAUACAGACUCAAAUACAGACUCAGAUACAGACUCAGAUACAGACUCAAAUACAGACUCAAAUACAGACUCAAAUACAGACUCAGAUUUGAAAGGACUCGUAAAGUUUGUAAAAACCACCGACGAUGAAAAAGAAAAUGAAAAAGAACAGCAUAUUUUUUCCCAAUUCCAAAAAGUUUUCGACAUCAACGAAAACAAUGAUUUGGGUUAUGAUUGCGAUAACUUAAUUGAUUCUAUUGAUAAUGAAUAUAUUGAGUUAUGUAUAGAAUUUUUGGAAAUGUUGGAAAAUACAGAUGGUAGAGCCUGUCGAUGUUGA